AUGGCUUGGCAAAACCUGUACCGCGAAGAGCAGGAGAUCGAGAAUAGAGAGGCCAAGGCACAAGGAAGGAGGCCACGUUCCCUAGAGGGACAGCUGAGCAUCCACUGCAACAACUUCUCUAAGCCCAUCCGGUACGACUUCUACGGUUUAGACAAUAAGUACAAGUUCGAAGAUUUCACCAUUCCACAACAUUCUGUCAACAAAGCGGUACAAAUAGCUUUGGAUAAUCAGGGAAGCGACAACCCGCAACUAAUGUGCGCGGCAUACGCUUCGAACAAUGACACGGCGCAGCUUGGUCAAGAUAGCCCCGAACCUGAAGAGGCUGCUUUCAUUGACGGGAUGCUGGCGCUUGCGCACGACUUUUCAUUCGUUGUCUACUCUAUGGAGUACAAAAUCCAGAAUAAUUUCUGGUCGAGUAUCCUGAAAGAAGAUAAAACCACAGCCAGCUUCACCUUCUAUCCCUUUCAAAGGUCGCUUUAUCAUCAAGCUGAGGCGGUCCUCGACGCUCUUGUCUGGAAAAAGCUGAAAGACAAAGCCGGCAGCUUUUUCGAGGCAGACUUUGGGGAGGAAGAUACAAAAUCGAUUAGCAAGAACCACUCAGAGUCAAUUGACGAGGAGAAUGCGAUGGUGAGUAUUGCGGUGAAUGCAAUGGCGACUACAGAGGGUGAUGUAGAAUCAAUUUGCGAGGAGGACACAGAGUCAAUUUACAUGGAGAAUGCAAAGGUGACUAUUGAGGUGGAUGGGAUGGAAAUAAUUGAGGAGGGGAACGCAAUGGCUGUGGUUGAGGACGAUUCAGACCUAGCAGACAUGAGGUUAUCAAAGACAGGAGCCGCUUGA